AUGGUCCUCUGCGAAUCGGCUUGGCCAGCUCGCGUGGCCGCCGAAGUCCUCAACGACAUUGCUCGAAUCACAAAUAUAGAAACCAAGGUUGUGCAUGCGGUUCUCGACGAAAAAGCGAUAAAUAGCCCCCAUGCAUAUCUCCAUAAAUCGCUUCAGGCUCUCCCGGCCCUAUUUCGAACGUCCACCGGCAAUACCAUCGCCAUUAUACGCCUGGAUUUACCCAUGGCGCAAAGGGUCGUCGACGAGUUGGCCGGGUGCUUUCCGCAGUUUGUCGUCAGCGUGGAUAGAAGAUCUCUCUCGUUACUCCCGCUCCAAGCAACGGAACAUGUCGCCCUACUGUCGGAGCGAUAUGAGAAAUUGAGAGCAACCGAUGGCCGACGCGAGCACGAGUUUACCGCGGAUAAUUUCAAUUUUCGCGUGGAACCACCGACCGUUUUGGACACAUACAACUUUGACUUCCACCCAUCAGCCCUGUGUUUGGACGUGAAAGCGAUGCGCGUGACGGAAUAUUUCAGCUUGGCCGAUGAGAGCAGUCCCACGGCCGAUUUCCGGCUUGGCAGCAACGAGCGAACGGCGUACGCCAGGGACAACACCGGGGCCACUUUUUAUGUUACUGGGGCUCGUCCAAGAAUCGGGGUACUGGAUGACGAUCAGCUAUUUUGGAACGAAACUGAGCACUCGUUAUAUGGACGGGUCCCUACAGGCGAGCUGUCGAAGCUUCUGAUCCGCCAUAUUUCAACGCAAAAAGUGGCCCUGAUCAAGCCGCUGUACGACUACGUGGAAGAUCCGGCAGCCGUGGCACGACGCAAACAAAUCGAUCAGCUGAUCUCCAGAUUGGAUACGGCUUUUCCAUUUUUGAAAGCUUGC